AUGGGCGGCCCCGGGGCGCGAAGGGGCGCCGGGGGACUCCGCGCGCUGCUGCUGGCGCUGGUGGCCGCGGGGAUUCCUGCGGGCGCCUACAACCUCGACCCGCAGCGCCCCGUACGCUUCCAGGGCCCCGCCGGCUCCUUCUUCGGCUACGCGGUGCUGGAGCAUUUCCACGACAACACGCGCUGGGUCCUUGUGGGCGCACCAAAGGCGGAUUCCAAGUACAGCACUUCAGUGAAGUCCCCUGGGGCUGUGUUUAAGUGCCGCAUCCACACCAACCCAGAUAGGAGAUGCACGGAACUGGAUAUGGCUCGAGCAAAGAAUCGGGGCACACCCUGUGGCAAGACCUGCCGGGAGGACCGGGACGACGAGUGGAUGGGGGUGAGCCUGGCCCGGCAGCCCAAGGCCGACGGCCGUGUGCUGGCCUGUGCCCAUCGCUGGAAGAACAUCUACUACGAAACAGACCACAUCUUGCCGCACGGCUACUGCUACAUCAUUCCAUCCAACCUGCAGGCCAAAGGCAGGAUGCUGAUCCCCUGCUAUGAAGAAUACAAGAAGAAGUACGGGGAGGAACACGGCUCCUGCCAGGCUGGGAUAGCGGGCUUCUUCACUGAGGAGCUGGUGGUGAUGGGCGCCCCGGGGUCCUUCUAUUGGGCUGGGACAGUCAAGGUGCUGAACCUCACGGACAACACCUAUUUCAAGCUGAAUGAUGACGCGAUCAUGAACAGGCGCUACACUUACCUGGGCUAUGCAGUGACUGCUGGCCACUUCUCUCAUCCAUCCACCACCGAUGUGGUAGGAGGCGCCCCACAGGACGACGGCAUUGGAAAGGUUUAUAUUUUUAGAGCUGAUCGAAGAUCAGGCACCUUAAUUAAAAUCUUUCAGGCAUCAGGUAAAAAGAUGGGCUCUUACUUCGGCUCCUCCUUAUGCGCAGUUGACCUGAACGCGGACGGCCUCUCUGACCUGCUGGUGGGGGCCCCCAUGUUUUCUGAGAUCAGGGACGAGGGGCAGGUCAUCGUCUACAUCAACAGAGGGAAUGGAGCCCUCGAGGAGCAGCUGGCCCUAGCCGGGGAUGGCGCCUACAACGCCCACUUUGGGGAGAGCAUGGCCAGCCUCGGCGACUUGGACGACGAUGGGUUCCCAGAUGUGGCCAUUGGUGCACCCAAGGAGGAUGACUUUGCGGGGGCCGUGUACAUCUAUCACGGCGAUGCAGGCGGGAUCGUCCCUCUGUACUCCAUGAAACUGUCUGGGCGGAAGAUAAGUCCAGUUCUGCAGAUGUUUGGUCAGUCCAUAUCAGGAGGCAUUGAUAUGGAUGGAAACGGCUACCCGGAUGUAACUGUUGGAGCCUUCAUGUCUGACAGUGUGGUUCUUCUAAGGGCAAGACCUGUCAUCACAGUGGACGUCUCCAUCUUCCUUCCGGGCUCCAUCAACAUCACAGCACCCCAAUGUCAUGACGGACAGCAGCCUGUGAACUGCCUGAAUGUCUCCGCCUGCUUUAGCUUCCAUGGCAGGCACGUUCCAGGAGAAAUCGGCCUAAAUUAUGUUCUGACAGCUGAUGUGGCCAAAAAGGAGAAGGGCCAGCUGCCCAGGGUCUACUUCAUGCUGCUGGGAGAGACCGUGGGUCAGGUCACGGAGAAGCUGCAGCUGGUCCACCUGGAGGAGACGUGUCAUCACUACGUGGCCCACGUGAAGCGGAGAGUGCAGGAUGUCAUCAGUCCGAUUGUGUUUGAAGCGGCCUACAGCCUUGGCGAGCACGUGACUGGGGAGGAGGAGAGGGAGCUGCCGGCUCUGACCCCGGUGCUCCGCUGGAAGAAGGGACAAAAGAUCGCCCAAAAGAAUCAGACUGUAUUUGAAAGGAACUGCCGAUCGGAGGACUGUGCUGCUGAUCUGCAGCUUCGGGGAAAACUGCUGCUCUCCAGCAUUGAUGAGAAAACCCCAUAUCUAGCUUUGGGAGCCGUGAAGAAUAUCUCCCUAAACAUUUCCAUCUCCAACCUCGGGGAUGACGCCUAUGAUGCCAACGUGUCCUUCAAUGUUUCCCGGGAGCUCUUCUUCAUCAACAUGUGGCAGAAGGAGGAGAUGGGCAUUUCCUGUGAGCUUCUGGAAACGGACUUUCUCAAAUGCAGUGUGGGAUUUCCUUUCAUGAGGUCAAAGUCAAAGUAUGAAUUCAGUGUGAUCUUUGAUACAAGCCACCUGUCUGGGGAAGAGGAAGUUCUUAGAUUCAACAUUACUGCACAGAGCGGCAAUGUGGAACGCAGUGAAUCCCUGCAUGACAACACCCUCCUGCUGAUGGUGCCACUGAUGCACGAAGUGGACACGUUCAUCACUGGAGUCAUGUCUCCAACCUCGUUUGUGUACGGUGAGUCAGUGGCCGCGUCCAGCUUCAUUCAGCUAGAUGACUUGGAGUGCCAUUUCCAGCCCCUCAACAUCACUUUUCAGGUCUAUAACACUGGGCCAAGCACCCUCCCUGGGUCGUCCAUCAGCAUCUCUUUCCCCAAUCGACUGUCCUCUGGUGGUGCGGAGAUGUUUCAUGUCCAAGAGAUGGUGGUGGGCCAAGAAAAGGGAAAUUGCUCUUUCCAGAAAAACCCAACCCCAUGCAUCAUCCCUCAAGAGCAAGAAAAUAUCUUCCACACGAUAUUUGCUUUUUUUACAAAGUCUGGAAGAAAAGUAUUGGACUGUGAAAAGCCAGGAAUUUCUUGCCUCACAAUGCAUUGUAAUCUUAGUGCACUCGCUAAAGAAGAAAGUCGUUCCAUAGAUGUCUACAUGCUGCUGAACACAGAAAUAUUGAAGAAGGACAGUUCAUCUGUCAUCCAGUUCAUGACCCGAGCCAAGGUGAAGGUGGAUCCUGCCUUAAGGGUGGUGGAAACACCCAAUGGGAACCCAGAAGAGAUGACGGUGGUCUUUGAGGCCUUGCACAAUCUGGAGCCCCGUGGCUACGUCGUAGGGUGGAUCAUCGCCAUAAGUUUGCUGGUGGGGAUCCUUAUUUUCCUGCUGCUUGCUGUGCUGCUCUGGAAGAUGGGCUUCUUUCGCCGAAGGUACAAAGAAAUUAUUGAAGCUGAGAAGAACCGGAAAGAGAACGAAGAAAACUGGGACUGGGUCCAGAAAAACCAGUGACCUGUCACACCAGUCACGUGACCCAAUCAUUUGCCUGUCCUCCUCGAUCUUUGUAUCUUCCAUAUUUGGAAGAAAGAAUCUUCUCCAGAUUUUUCGGAGGCCCCACUGAUCCUGUUCUCCUCAUUCUGUCAAGCCCAGGUGCCAGCCCAAGGCAGCAACUUAGGCCAGGUCACAUGACUGGAGCCACCAUCACUUCCUUUUAGAGAUGAACUCUGAACUUUGGGAAAGUGAGCUACAGAGCCGAGCAAUAUUUAUGGAUGCAACAUGCAUGGUCAACCCUCAGGGGAAAACUGUAACCUAAAAGUAUUUUUAUAAAUAUAAGCCUUUUAUACUGAUUAUGUCUUUAUAUUUGUAUCAAUGUUUUAUUAUUUCUAUUAAAUAGUUAUAUAAUUCACUCAAGCACUGAUAUCUUGGCCUGAAAUCUUGGAAAAACAUGUAUGUGUAUACAAAUUUUAAAGGAUAAAAAUCUUAUACUUUGGAAUUUGCUGUUGAAAAAAGACUUGCAGAUAAAAUAAGCUGAAGAAACCUCAUGUAAUGAAUCCACCAAGCCAGCAGUGCUGCAUAUGAACUGUGGAUGAUGUGUCAAGAUCCCUAAGACAUUUCACAUCUUUAUUGCCUAGAGUCAAGUUUGAAAUAAUGCUAAAGAACUAUAAGUAUUUUUUCACAUGUACUUUUCAUUGGAAGAUUCUUAACAGGAAUUUGGAUGGGAAAACCUGAUUCCUAUCAAUAAGUCUGUUCUGCAUCACCUUUACACAGCAGACAACUUACCUUCCUUCCACUCAGAUUCAUGGAUGAAAGCUUGGAGCAAUGCCAGUGGUCAUCUGGUAAACCUCAGAAUGGAUCUCACCCUGGACAUCACACAUCAGAGUCCACACACCUCAAGGACUGAAUCAAUGCCAAGCAAGCAAAAACUUGUGUCUGAAUACUGUGAGGCAUUGACUUUUCAUGGUAAUUUGAUAUCAGAGGUCUCUAUCUCCCUUAUCACUUUUGCUCUCCCAGCUAAUAGAAAUUGAAGAUUCCUUCCCAAAGAUGAUAGUUCAACCUGUCUUUUUUUUUUUUUUUUUAAUUAUCUUAGGUGAGAUUCCCAAAAAGCUGACCCUGAGAUAAGGAUUUGCAUAUAAGUGAUUUAUUAAGGAAGUGUUCCAGGGGACACCAGUACAGAAAUGGGGGAAGCAGGACAGGGAAGGCAAGGAAGCCAGGCAAGGGUGCCGUCUCAGGGAAAGUCCCACAGAAGUAACUUCAGCCUGAUCCCUCAUGGGAGCUCAGAAGCGAAAGCUGUGCCUCAGAGUUCUCCCAAUCAGAGGCCAGGAGCUGGGCUUUCAUGUUCCUGCACCCAGGGGAAAUGUAACAUGCUUGCCUUCAGUUCUUGCUGGCAAAACAGCUCCAGUAGCCCAGGAGCAGUCUUCUAAAGGAGAGCCAUGGAUGCAGGCUACUGAAAGCACCCCCAACCUGGGAGCACACAGAAAUGAUACAAAGUGAUCCAGAGGGAUCUGGGUAGAGCACUGAUGUCCUCCCCUAACCCCUGCAGGUGCAAAUGCUGAGUUAUGGCUUUCAGUAUCCAAGCUCUCUAAUUUAAAGUGUUUAUCUUCACUUGAAAGUGCUACCCAGUUUUGAGGACAAUGUGACUUUCUAAAAGGGCCAUGAGAUGAUGGAUGUAGCAUGCUCAGCAUUAUACUUGGCCCAUGGUGAACACUCAAUAACUGAUAGCAGCUGCUGUUACCACUUUGGGAUAAUAGAAAGAGAAAGCCUGGGGCUAAGGCUCUUUAUAGACUGUUCAAACCCAGGCACAUGCAAAAAACACCACCAAGGAUCUUUCUUAUAGGGUCUUGUUUACUGGAAGCUAACAUGUUGGGGGAUCUAUGAACAUUGUUGGAAAGAAACAGAGCUCAGCUUCAGGGGAGACAGGUUUUCUGUACUCAUAUUUGGCUAAUACUUGCCACCAUAGCUAAAGUUUUGGCAAAAUGAUGAGAGUGCUGGGCAGGUGCAGGCCUGGCAUGGGACAUGUGUGUGUCUUUUGGUUUUUUUAUUAUUAUUCAGUUGAUUUUGAUGCAGGAAGAGAUGACUAUAUCAUGCUUCCCUUCCUGGUGAACAUGAGAAUAGACAACAAAAGCAAGAGGAUCAAUGACAUGAGCUGGGCUAAUCUUAGAACCAAUUCAGAAAUGUUGCUUCUUACCAAGGGAUGGAGGUACUGCGGUAAUUAAAGAGCAGAGGCAGGAAGAGAAACCAGUUCUUACUUGGAUUUUGCUCUAUAAGUUUUUAUCACAGCAAUAAGAAAAGCAUUCUUGGGAGGGUUUUAGUCCUUCAUGGAGCAAAUAUUUAUGGGGACCCUGCUAUAUGUCAGAUACCGUGCCAGGUUCUGGAGGUUCCCCAGAGAACACCACAGGCACUUUUUGCCUCGAAGCAACAAACUCUCCUGAAAUGGAGUGCAAAGUGUGGAUUCCUUUAUGACUUCCAUUUGCAGCUUUCUCUUGAUGAACUCUUGUUAAUCAAUCAUGUUUUCUUUCAAUAAAUUAUUUAGGAUUCUUAGGCAAGCAAGCCAAGGACAGCCCAUCAGCCACUUUAGCCAAAUGCAUUUGUUGCCACUAACCAGCCUCCCAUAAGAUACAGAUGCAUUGGUGACAGUGUAAAAGGGUGACAGGCAGGCCUGCAGUUCUGCCAGCCAGACAGGAAAGCCUCUUUAGGGAAGGGUGGGCUCCUGUGGGCAGUCUCAGAGCUGGGAUCCAUUUGCUUCUGUUUGAUUCUGAACAGUAGGCAGACACAUGAGGAUUCACAUAGCUAUGAGAGCACUAAGACUUUAUAAGGCUGACACUUGGCAUCAGCAGAAGCAAAUACUGACGGCCACCCCAAGAAGCUGUUGAUGGGAAAGAUGUUGCCUCUGCUUGUCUGAUCAUGCUGAGGAGCAGCUAGGAAGGGCCUCGGGAACUGGAAAGCUGACUGUUUAGAACAGUGAUAAAGAAAGAAAAGUCAAGCAUAUUGUUAGAGUGCCCUCGACUUGGGUACUUUCUACAGCUCCAUCCCAGGUCAGAGGCCCUCAGCCCUCAAUAGGCUCUCAGGGGAAGCAAACAGAAUGGGAUCUGUGAAUUGGUGUAUCCGUGUUACUUCUCUAGAAUAUCCUUUUAGAGUUCCACAGUAGCUUCCAAUUUCCAUCCUUCCUGCUUCUAUGGGCUCCCUGUGGGAAUUCUGUAAGAUAUUCUCUUGGGCAGCAUUAUUUCCAUCUGCUUCAGCUUUUAGUCAUGUAUCCAACAAUUUUUAAGCAGUUGUCAGCAGAAGUGAGAUGCUUUUUCAAUAUGAAAAAGGACCUCUGUAGAAAUUGAGUAAAAUAGUGUUGUUUUUUUUUUCUCAAAAACAAUACCCUUAUGCUCAAUUUACAUGAGUCUUGAGAAUUUGGGAUAUCCUCAGAGUGAGCCCUACAUCCUUCACAAACAAGAUACUAUGAAGUUUUAGGAACAAGGGGACACUAGUAGGGAUGGGCUGGGUCCAUUUGCUGUAUGGCAAUUGACAGAUAUCCGAAAUCACUGGCCACUAAGGCCACUGAAGGCUUCAUCGGCAUCUCUUCAGGAAACCUCUGUCAGCAUCUCCAGGAAUAGUCUGAAGUUUGGUGAAUAUUGUAGAAAAUCCAAUAGGAAGUCCUUCACCAAAUCAGGUGCAGCCUACGGUCUUGAGCUGAAGACCAGGAGUUUAAAAAACAGAAACACCCACCCCCACCCCAGCCCAGCACUCCUGGGAACGUCUGGCACCUGUUUUCCAUGUAGCUGUAUAGUUGGUCCCCCAAAUGGUAUUUGUACUGUAUGCUACCUGUUGGAAUCCUAGCACAGUGGUUUUGUAAAAGGUUAUUCUACUUUUAUUUUUGGGUGAGGCAUCUUGGCCAGGUGAAAGCAGCUAUGUAUGAGUUACAUGACGAGUAGAAAAGGCAGGAGAUGAAAUGCAUGGCUAGUACAAAUUUUUCCAGGAAUUCAGAGGUACUUCAAAAGAUUAUUUGGGGGAAAUGUCCCUUAGCAGAGAAAGGAAGAAAAUGAAUGUCCUUUUGGAAAUGCUCCAUGUAUGUAGAGCUUCAGUCAAUGUUUUGUUUUGAUGUAUAGAGUAGUAACAUACACAGUGGAGAAUAUUUUCUGAAGCAAAGAAUGCCUGAAGGGAGGAUGCAGAGCCAAUGGAGCCAAAAUAAACUUUCUAGAAUGUCUUUUGAUUUUCAGCACAUUGGAGGGAUAGUGAACAAAUUUCCCACCUGGUGCUAUGCUUUGCAGCACAAUGAUCUACACUUCAGGCUUUGUUAAGGUUUUUUAAAAUCCUGAUGUGCACAGUGUGAUUGGCAGAGUGAAUUUAAAGGCUUUAAGAGUAGGUAAUUGCAUGGCAGGGCACCCACACUGUUUUCACAUCCUAAACUUUUCUGAUGCAUCCAUGUACAUUUCCGUUGAGGAAUUUUGGAGAGAGGAGUGUUUGCCUCAUGAUUUCACAUGUAUUAGAAUCUAUGCAGUCACUUCUAAUUCACUUGCACUGUUCUGGGGAAUGCCAGGUUUACAAAAAUGUUUGGAAUAAAAAAAUGGCUGCAAAUGA